UCUUUGUAUUUUGACAGAUCGGUUUGUUUAUAUUAGGAAAUUUCAAAACGGGAUUUAAAUGUUUAUAAAUGCUUUCAAUUUUAUAUUUCCUAACUUUUCCAUUCAUAAUAUAAAUAGUUAUUCUAACAGAAAAACUGAUCUGGUAGAUGAUGGAAAAAAGUGAAAAUGACCAGUCUGACAUACAUUUGGAAGAUUUUCCCCACAUCUGCCGAAUUUGUCUGAAGAAUGGAGAGUUAAGAUCAUUUGAAGGCGAAGAUUAUCUAUUGGAUCAGUUUCGAAUCAUUACGAACAUUGAUGUCCAUUCAACGGUCCAUUAUCCAAGAAAUAUAUGCAAAGAGUGCAUAAGCAGAUUAGAAGAUAUCUCGUUGUUUAUCGAAUUUUCAAAAUGUAGUGAUGGUAUGCUGAGAAAAAAUCUUGAAAACCACGAAGAAGUAAUAGAAUGUGGGAAAGACGUUAAAACUGUUUGUCGGAUCUGUUUGUCACAAAGUAACUUGAUGCCUUUUGAAGUUACAACACAUCUCAUGGAGGUGUUCCAGAGCAUUACAAACAUUGAUGUCAAACCUAAAAUCAAUUUUGAACAGACGAUAUGCAAGACAUGCAGUGAUAAAUUAGAAGAGAUUUCAGUCUUCAUCAGUUCAUCAUUAAGCAACAAUAAGAAGCUGGAAGAUGUCCUUGUCCUUAACAGGCCUAUAAAAAUUGAAAAAGAAAUGAAUGAUGACGGUUCCACGAGGUUUUGUAAAAUAAACUACGAAAGUAUUUUUGAUGAGAGGGAAAUCAAAAACCCGGAUAUCGAUAUAAAACAAGAAGAUCUCGACUACGAACUAGCAGCUUCUGGAUCAGAAUUCUGCUCACAAGACACUGAAGAAAAUCCGACGGUUCAGGACCAAUUCAAGUGCGAAUCCUGCGAAAAAUGUUUCACCCGCAAGAAGUAUUUGCAGCAGCAUCUGCUCACUCAUGAGCCGGGUCAGAGAUUCAAAUGCGAUUCCUGCGACAAAACAUUUCACUGGAAGUAUAAUUUGGAAAGACAUUCCGUGACCCAUACAAGAGAGAGGCUUUUCCAAUGCCACAUCUGCAACAAGAGCUUGAGCCGCCAAACAACUCUGCAGCUACAUCUGCUGACUCAUAUCGGCGACAAGCCGUUCCAGUGCAAUCUCUGCGAGAAAAGAUUUGCUCUGAAGCAUCACGUUGAGCGGCAUUUGCUGACCCACACGGGGGAGACGAAGAAACCAUUCAAGUGCGACAGCUGUGAGUCUAGAUUUACGGGCAAAGCGCUCCUGCAGAGGCAUUUACUCACCCACAGCGGGGAAAAGCCACUGAGGUGCGAUCUUUGCGAGAGGAGGUUCAUCGGCCAGAACGAUUUGAACAGGCACUUGUUCACCCACUCCGGAGAAAAACCGUUCAAGUGUGAGUUCUGCGAUAAGCGCUUCACUUUCAAGCUGACGAUGAAAGGGCACGUGCUCACUCAUAGCGGGGAGAAGCCGUUCGCAUGCGACUUGUGCGAGAAGCGUUUCACUCUCAAUUAUCAGCUGCAAAGGCAUAUGAAUACUCAUGCGAAGAAAAACGUCCACACCACAUCCAACAUGGCACAGAAAAAGGUGAAGGUAUAGGUGAACUGAAAUCAGUAUUAUCAGAUAGUGUCAAAUGUAUGAUAAUGAUAUUAUUCAUUGAUCUUCAGAAACACAAUAUUCACUUUUUAAUAACAAGAUGUCAUAAUUAGUCUGAAGAUUAUUCGGCUAGGGAUACAUUCUUAGGCAUGGACGUAAAAAAUAAAUGGACUCGAUAGACUAAUGUCUACGACACAUUUUUUU